AUGUAUGCACUGUCGCAGUUGGGUAGACGUGUGGAAUCGCUCAUCUGUUAAGUUCUGAAACCUAAAAUUUUACAUUCCGGCACCAGGCUUUAAGUUGCACUUUUCAGAGGACGAGUACUACUAUCACGACCCCAACUACUUGGCAGUUUCUCCUGUUCCGGAUAAAGGGUGAGUGCUCGGCGCCUCUCCUUUUCAAUGAGUCGCUCAUUAAAUUGUGCUCGGCUGCAAAUUCCAACUCAUUUCCAGACAUCCGGACGAGAACCGCGAGAGCUCCACAUCCGGCUACCACUCGAGUCCCUAUGCUCCGCGAGGCCUCGAACCUCGAGACGAGUCGCCCCUCCCCGACACAGAACCGCUUUCGAUGUCUGAAGUUUCCGAGACGAAAGCUCCGCCCCUUUUCCGGACACCUCCGCGAGAACGACGGGCGCGGAAGAGCGACGGAGUCGAGGACGAUAAACAGUCAUACGUGUAG